UAAUACUGUGAUUUACAUAUUUGUAUAUGUGAGAGAAAUAGCAAGGAGAAUGGGUCAAAUUGAUAAUACGCGUCGAGAAUGAGAAAGUAUGAACACGAAGCGACACACUGCUCUUGUUAAUGACUUUAUUCUUUCUUUCGUACAGAGCGAGCGAGCCGCGCUUGCAUUGCCGGUCUUUAUAUAUCUUCCUCGGGAUUGUUUGCCACGAGACCAAUCCCAAGCGUCGGUACAUCUUCGUCAAAUUUUGGCUUAUUUCCUCGUAGCGAGGCAGAAAUUCCGUUAAACGGUAACUCGGCCCGUCACGAGGCGAAUUCAAUACCCGCUCGCAAACAAUAAUAUACAAUCAUAAUAGGCGACACGAGGAAAACACGCUGCCUCAUUCGACAGUACGACCGAGCGAAGCCGAUUCCUCGCAAAUCGCUUACAUAUAAAUAUGUAUUUUAUAUAUUUUAUAUAAUACAUCUACAUUUAUAAAAACUAUUUUUGCCAUAGAAUUUGUUAAAGAUUUUAUUAUAUUAAGGCUUACAAUAUAUAGGAUUCAAUAUCACAACAUAAAAAUAUCUUGUAAAAUCUUUAUAAUCAUGCAGAAUGUAUUAAUCAUAGAUAAGAUUUCUAAAGAUUAUAAAUAUAUCAACGUAUUGUCAUCAUUAAUGUCACAUGAAUGCACUCGACAAAUAAAAUAUAAAAUGUUGUCAGUGUUAGGCUGACAUCAAACGGCGUAAUGUAUUUUAAACCAAUUGUGUUCUUUGCUUUCGUAGCGGUAACAGUCGCCGAGAGACCUCAAGUCGGUCUUCGGAUACCGCGGAUCUUGCCGCCUUUUAUUCGUUCAUAUUCACCUCAAGUGGUCGGAGGUGAAGAAGCUCCGGAAGGAAGUUACCCGUACAUAGUUUCCCUUCAAGUAUAUAACGGUCAUUUCUGCGCCGGAUCCAUCUUGAACGAGCGAUGGGUUGUAACAGCAGGACAUUGCAUUGAUAUGGUUCCUAUUGGUGACAUUACUGUUAAGGCUGGUAAGCAUAAUAUUAAAGUUAGGGAGGACACUGAACAAGUGGUCCAUGUAACGCAAAUUAUCGUACAUAAAAAUUAUAAAGGUGGCGUUGGCCCAUAUGACAUUGGUUUGCUUGAGCUUGCGUCCCUAUUGAAGUUUAAUGAUAGAAUAAAGCCCAUCAAAUUAGCAGCACAAGAAAGUGACCCAAUCUCAAAUAAAAAGGGACUGCUUGCUGGAUGGAGCUCUACUUCGACUAGUCGAGCUUUUCCAGAAUAUCCAGAUAAACUUCAGAAUGUUGAAGUGGUUUACGUAGACCGUGCUACUUGCCACGAAGCUGUCUUGCGUUUGACCGGAUCUUCUCCCGUUCAUGAAACCAAUGUCUGCUCUGGCCCAUUGACAGGAGAAAUCUCUACAUGCUACGGUGAUUCCGGUCCUCUAAUCUCUGUGCGUCUAGGAGAAGAACCAGAGCUCACUGGAAUAGUAUCUUGGAGUAUUAUUCCAUGCGGCACUAAAGGUGCGCCAUCCGUAUAUACCAGGGUAUCCGUGUUCAUCGAUUGGAUUAAUCAGAAAACCGCUAAUAAUUAAUAGGGCGAUAUUAUUGACGUAUUAUUAUAAACUAAUGACAAGUUAUUAUAAUAUUCAAAUAAAUAAAUACGCA